AUGACAUUUGUGGUCAACGAAUUUCAUAAUCUAGUUGUGACAUCACUUGCUCCCGCACCACUGAAUGGAGAUGUUUCACCAUCAGAUCUCAAGAGUCACCCUACUGAAAAUCAUCAUAGUGCUUCAGAUAAUACAGAUUCAUCAGUUGAGAGCUCAGAUGAAGAUGAUGAGGAAGAGUCAGAUGAAGAAGAAAAAGUUCCAGAUUCAGACAGAAGAUGUAAAGCAGAAGAUCUCAGUGGUGAGACACAGACGUCCUGCUGUGAUAAAUGUAAAUCUCUGAAGAAUCCCAAAAAUGAACUUGUGACCCCCAGAAAACUCUCCAGAGAUCGUCUGCAGCUACACCUGGAUGCUGAAGGUGUAUAUGAAUGCACAGACACUGGACUGGUGUUCGAGGUCUCACAGCGGGUAAAGAUCACUUACUGCGUUCUCUCAUGGAGUAAAUUCAGCAGCUACCUGACCGACGGGUGGAAAUUUGCUGGACCUAUUUUUGACGUCGACUGCGAUCCAUCGAUUCUCAAAUCAGUGCAGUUCCCACACUCGCUGUGUCUGGCAGAUGAGAAGAGCGAUGUGAAGUUCAGCGUUCUUCACGUGAAGAACCAGAGGGGUCUGAUCGAACCUUCUGCCGAUCAUUCGGGCAGUCACGUCAAAUGGACCGUGUCGUCUCUUUCACCUGUGGGUCCGGUCGUUCAGACAUCUAAACCGGCGGAGCAUCACGGUGUGGUGCAGGUGUUUAAAGAGGUCGGCCGUGAGAACUCUUUCUCCUUCAGAGUUUAUCUGGCUGGCAACAACUGCUCCGACAUCAAGGACAUCAGAAAAGCCGUUCGACGGGCAAACUACUGCAAGAAUAACAAGAGAUAUGUGCCAGUAGACAAGCCACCUACAUGUAUACUAGAGGAGAACCGACGAUAUCGACUGAGCAGUGAACCUGUGGGUCACAUCACACCAGAGGACAUGCUCUUCACACCAGUCCCUGUUGAACUGAAGGGAUAUUUUGAGGUUUUCUUUGAGGAAAAUCCUCCCUUCACGCUCUCACUGGCAGACACUCAUACAGGUCACACUGUGUGGAGUGCCGUCAUCAGAGACGGAGACUGUGUACACAAUCUGGAAUCUGAAAACCAACAGAAACCAACACGAGGCAAAAAGAGGCGGAGCAGCGCAUCAGAGGAGGACAACAAGCCCAAUAAGAGAUCUCGAUACAUCGAUGAAUCAGACUGCAAGAAACCAUCGGCCGAAGCUCCCGACCUCACAGACCAGCAGCUCAUGCAGGUGGCAAAACGAAUGGGAAAAGAGUGGAAGAUUGUGGCCAUCUCUUAUCUGGGUCUCAGUAAACAGGAUCUGGAGGAGAUCGAGUCGGCCAAAGACGAGGACGUCAUCAUGUUAAAAUUCAACAUGCUGGAGCGCUGGAGGCGACGGCAGCCCAAAGGAAAAGCGGGAAUUCAGGAACUCUAUGAAUGUUUGAAAGACAACGAUGACGUGCCGAAUGAGGUCAUUGCUGUAUUGACCGAAAUGCUUCAAAAUCAUUCGACUAAAUGAACUUGUCAGUCAUGAGAUGAGAUGAGCCACGUUUGUCCAAUCAAAUGGAGUCACACCAGUAUCAACCACUAAAAUACCCAGAGGAUUCGACCAAUCAGCUGUGGUUGUCAUUUUAAACAACCACAGUUUCAGUUGAACGUUGCAUGUGAAAUGUGUUUUCAUCAGUCACAUUGAUUCGAUUCAAUUCAACUUUAUUUUUAUAGUUUACACUCCUGCAGGACAUGGAUGAUGAUAUUAUAAUCUGGUGCUGACAUCUCUACAGCAUCUGUACAGUUUAGUUUUUAUUGAAACAUUUGAGUUCAUUUGUUGCUGUACAUUUUUGGAGAUCUGUUUUAAAGUUUUGCUGAAUUAUGAGCCAUGAUACAGUGCAGACCGUGUCUGUCUGUGGGUUUGAUCUCAAAUCUCAACACCAGUCUUAACAUCUCUUGACACUGAAAGAAGCUGAUGAGAUCUUACUGUCUCAUGAUGUCAUCAUGUCACACAGCUCUGCGCAGACUGAUCGGUGUAUGACAUCACAGUAGAGGAAGAGCCGGAGAUCAUACAGAGCAGUUCUCACUGUGAAGUUUCAUACAUAAUCUCAUCGUGUAUUUCACAAUGCUAAUGAUGUUAAUUUCUCAGGUGAAUCUUUCAAUAGUGAGAA